AGGUUAUUCACCGAUUCGCCAGAGCUACUGCAGCUGUUUUCAUUUAGAGACAUCGAAUUAUCUGAAGACGUCUUAAGAAGCGAUGCGCGCUUCAAGAAGCAAUCACUGGUAACUAUGCAACAUGUUGAUUUGGCCGUGACCUCACUCAACGAUCUGGGCUCCGUCGUUCCUGCUCUUAAGGAUCUGGGAGCGAGGCAUAGCAUGUACAAAGUUGAAGAACACCACUAUGGGGUAUGAUUGAUUUGAAUUUGAUUAUAACUUCAGUAAAAGUUUUGACCCGGCCUCUUUAGCAUUUCGCCCCGGGGGUUCUUCCUUGUGCCUCCCCGAAGGGUAGGGUUUUGCGCCGUUUUGGCGUGACAACGGGUAUAGACUUUGCCCAAUUUGGCAUGGAAUUGAGGCAACUACGGGACUGUAUGAAGGUAUGAACGUUUCUAUUCCAAACGAAUAAGAAGGAAAGACAAAUAUGCGAAUUCGUAAUGGAUUUUAAGAAAUCUUUUUUUUGCUGUUCUAAUCUAAGUAAUUAUUAUGACACAAUUUCUUUGCAGCCAGGUCUAUAAACGGGGGUGAAAAGUGACAUUGUUUGGUCUGAAAUAGGGUCAGGAAUUGGAGAGCCAGGCGGCACACCCCCAACGAGAAUUCCAGGGAAUACUCCCCCAGGAAUUUCGCCUCUAGUUCCUCCUCUCAAGACUGACAACACUAGUAGAAUAAAGCUCAGAAAAUUUCAUACAAACAGCAAUUGUCCAAAAACCCUAUUGUAUGGACCUGUCAUAAGACACAGAAGUGCGAUAUUUCGACUUGCAACAGGAGCCAUAACCCGAAGCGAGCAACUCCCAUACUAGGCCUUUGUCAUAGUGUUUUUACGGACCAGUUUAUUUUUAGACAUUUUUUAGGGCAUUAUAAGAUAUCAAAAAGGAAAACUUAAGGUUUUUAAAAGGCAAAAAUUAUCAUUUUUAGGCUUGUAGGUUUUGCUGACUGGUUUGUGGAAUUUAAAAGAUAUUCAAAUUCAAGCCUAACCGUUCUAAAAAUAGACAUGGAAGUUGCUAGCUCCGGGUUAUGGGCUCCUUCUUGCAAAUACUACUUUCUAUCAGGUCCAGACAGCAGCAGAGAUACGCCACUAGAAAUUACUACCCCUUAAGUUACGGCUCCAAAUAACACAGAGGGCUCAAUCUUUGGUGUCAGUAAAAAAAAUCCUCUGUUUGGGCCUUAAUUUAUUUUGUUUUAUUAUGUUUCUUUGUUGUUGUUGUUAUUGUUUUCAUCUUACUAAAACAUUAACAUUUAUUGAAACAAAAGAUGAAUUGACCCCGACCCCAAGUAUACGUUUUUGACAUUCCUUCAGUUUCGAAAUGUUUUUCGGUAGCCUAUUUACCUCUACCACCAGUUCCGCAGAAAACCAACCACAGUUCAUGGAAAGUGUUAGCCGAAGACCUUACUUGCAUUAUUGUAUUCUUUAUGCUUUUUUUUCCAGCCGGUAGGAGCUGCCUUACUGAGCACGCUCGAAAAGGGCCUGGGAGAGAACUUCACAUCGGAAGCGAGAGAGGCCUGGACUACAGUGUAUGGAGUGGUGUCAGACACAAUGAAAGAAGGAGCAAAAGAAAUCCGAGAUGUUCAAUGA